AUGAUGAGGAUUUGGUUUCCAUGGUCAGGUGAAAAUGAGUCAAGGUUACAGAACUUACAAAAGAGGAAGAGACAACGUGGAAGGAGAGUACUGCAGGAUAUCUCACCAGAUGACGAUGAUGUUUUUGGAGGAUUUUCGGAUGAUAACCUGGACCUGGUCGACCGUGAUGCGAUGAUCUCGGUCGAUCGUGGUCCAUUGCCUCCCGGGUCGGACGGUGCGGUCGUGCGGCCGGAUCGGUCCUGGAGAAGGCCGAGCGAAGCCAAUACCCUUCCUGUCCGGCCGAGUGCGUUCGGCCGGCUGUGGACCAGUCUUCAGUACAAACGUGAUAUCUCCUAA